UUGAAUGAAUAAAGUUAAACAAACACUAAUUGAUGAUUAGAGCCACUAACUAUCUCUAGACUAGAAAAAUCGCAUCAAUUGUCUGAUUAAAAUAUUCCGCAUUUCACUCCAAUCACUCCCAUUUCUUUAUAUAAAGCUGCAAUGUAAUUAGAUAGUAAACAUCACAACAAGAAAUUCAAUGGCUUCAACAAACCAACCUCUGCUUCACAAAACAAAAUCCAACUGCAAAUUCAUCUUCUUCACCAUAUCCAUCUCUGCACUAGUUAUCUCAGCUGUUCUUCUUCUUCCCAAUCAGUAUCAGUCAAAUUCAAAAACUUCACACUUGUGCAGCCGUGCUCUAAAUCCCCAAUCAUGCCAAGAUUUCGUGUCCGAAGUUACUUCCGAUAAUAGCGCAAUCGCAAUUACACCGCAACAAGACGGCACCACUUUACUACAAAAGUUCUUGAUCAGGCAAGCUCAUCACAUGAGCAGAGCUAUCUCACAGACGAGGAAACUCAAGAAUCGUAUGAAUGCUCAAAUCGAACGAGGUGCUCUUGCCGAUUGUCUCCACCUAAUCGACCUUUCGAUUGAUCUCGUGCUCGAUUCGAUUCGAGACCUCAACAACGAAACUAGUGCUAUGUCUCGAGACAAUGCACGAGCUUGGCUUAGCGGUGUGCUCACUAAUCACGUCACGUGUUUCGAUGGGCUCGAUUCUUUCGAAAAACAAUAUUUAGGGGAAGUAAUUGAGGAUUUGAUCGAAAGGGCUAGUGCUUCUUUGGCUGUGUUUGCGGUGGCAGUAUCGAAGCUUGAUCACAACGAAGUGGAUAUUCCGUCUUUCGGGCAGAAUUAUAUGCCGUCAUGGAUUACGAAAGUGGAGAGGCAGCUGCUGCAGAGCACGGCGGAUGCUGUGGCAGCUGAUCUGACGGUGGCGGCAGAUGGGUCGGGGAAUUACAAGACUGUGGCGGAAGCGGUUGCGGCGGCGCCCGAUAAGAGCAAGAAACGGUAUGUGAUUUAUGUGAAGAAAGGGACUUAUAAGGAGAAUGUUGAAGUUGGUAAGAACAAGAAGAAUUUGAUGAUUAUCGGCGAUGGUAUGAACAACACCAUUAUUACCGGUGAUCUUAACGUUGCCGACGGCGCCACCACCUUCAAUUCCGCCACUCUAGCGGCGGUUGGAGAGGGUUUCAUAAUGCAGGACAUUUGCAUCCAGAACACGGCGGGGCCGGAGAAGCACCAGGCGGUGGCGCUGCGGGUGGGGGCGGACAAGUCCGUGAUAAACCGGUGCCGGAUCGACGCGUACCAGGACACGCUGUACACGCACUCGCUGCGGCAGUUCUACAGGGAGAGCUACGUCACGGGGACGGUGGACUUCAUCUUCGGCAACGCGGCGGUGGUGUUCCAGAAGUGCAAGCUGGUGGCGCGGAAGCCGAUGAAGAGCCAGAAGAACAUGGUGACGGCGCAGGGGCGGACCGACCCGAACCAGAACACGGGGACCUCGAUCCAGGACUGUGAGAUCAUUGCGAGUGCUGACCUGGCACCGGUGAAGGGUUCGUUCCCGACGUACCUAGGGCGGCCGUGGAAGGAGUACUCGAGGACGGUGGUGAUGCAGUCGACCAUCGGAGAUCUGAUCGAUCCGGCGGGGUGGGCGGAGUGGAGCGGCGAUUUUGCUCUGAAGACGCUGUACUACGGGGAGUAUAUGAACAAGGGAGGUGGUGCUGGGACAAGCAAAAGGGUGAAUUGGACUGGGUAUCAUGUGAUUACCGACGCGGCGGAGGCCACCAAGUUUACUGUCAAGGAGUUGAUUCAGGGCGGCGAUUGGUUGGGCUCCACCGGAGUUACUUUCACCGAGGGCUUGUAAAAACUCUGUUUAAUUUAAAGUUGCUUUGUGUGAGUAACACUGUGAUCUGAGCGCGUGGGGUUGACUUUUGUAAUACAUUCACUUUUAUAAUAUAUGAACAUUUUUGUAUAUUUGUCAA